AUGCAUUUCUCAAGCAUUUUCAGUCUUGCUGCUCUUGCCAGCGCAGUCAUGGGAACUACUGUUUCCUACGACACUGGCUACGAUGACGGCAGCCGCUCGCUCACCAAAGUCGCCUGCUCCGACGGCGACAACGGCCUCAUCUCCCGCUACCACUGGCAGAGCCAGAGCCAGAUCCCGCGCUUCCCGUACAUUGGCGGCGCGCAGGCCAUUGGCGGCUGGAACUCGCCGGCGUGCGGGUCCUGCUGGAAGGUCGAGUACAAGGGCCGCUCCGUCACGGUGCUGGCCAUUGACCGCGCCGUCAGCGGGCUCAACAUUGGCCUGCACGCCUUGAACGACCUCACGGGCGGCCGUGGCGUCGAGGUUGGCCGCAUCGAGGCCCAGGUUACCCAGGUUGAUGUCGGCCAGUGCGGCCUGUAA